ACUCGUGCGUGUGUCAGAGUAUGUCGUCAGUCGGGGAGAGACAGAGGCGAGCGAGUAGACUGUAGAGUAGCGAGCGCCAGAGUGUGACAUAGGAAGUCGCAAACGUCAUCGGAAAGUACGCGUUGCGGGCGGCGGAGAGAGAGAGAGAGAGAGAGACGGGAGAGUCGCGGCCGAGAAAGACUUUUUUUCAAUACACGGGACUGCGGAGAGCUGCAGUUCGCAGCCGAGAGGCAAACAGCAUGACAAGCUAGUGCGCGCUAAUCUCGAAUUUUCAUUGAAAACGUCCGAGCGAGCGAGCGCGCGCGCCUUUCUCGUCGGGGGUCCCGUUUCUCUCUUUCUAUAAGAGCUGUAACGUCGUUGCAGGUAUACUCUUUCCUUCGCUCUCUCCGUCUCUUUUGGCUGGCCCCUGCAGCUGCAACGUUUGUGCAUUCGACCGUUCGCGGGGAGAGAGUCGGAGUCGUGUCGUCGCUCGUCGCUCGUCGCUCGUCGUCCGUUAACCUCGUCCUCGUCGUGUGAUCGUUAACGUUAACGUUAACGGCUGCCUGGCCGUUCUCCGCGCAGCUCUCGCAUGCGCCCACUUUCGAGAGCUACGACCACUCGCUGCUGCAGCAGCUGCAUACGUAAUAAGUGCAAAAGUGCAUCGGCGCAACGCGCGAAACAUGGCAUCCGCCAAGAAGAAGCAGGACGAGAAGAAUUUGAAGACGUUGCGCGAGUUGGUCUCGCAGCCGGGCAACAAGGAGUGCUUCGAUUGCCAACAGCGCGGACCCACUUACGUUAACAUGACAAUAGGCUCUUUUGUCUGCACGACCUGCUCGGGCAUGCUCCGAGGACUGACUCCCCCGCACAGAGUCAAGUCCAUUUCCAUGGCCACCUUCACUCAGGACGAAAUUGAUUUCCUCAAAGAGCGUGGAAACGAAUUCUGCAGGGCAAUUUGGCUGGGUCUGAUGCCUCAGAGCACCACUCACAGCAGCAAAGACGAGCAGAAGAUGAAAGACUUCAUGAGCGCCAAGUACGAACUGAAGAGGUACUACCUAGACCCUGCAAUGGCGAAUCAACUUUUAAAUCAAAAGUCACAAGGCUCCAGUAAAACAAGCUCCAAAAGCACGUCCAAUGUCAUCAAAGCCCCUCCAACUAAAUCAAUAUCAUCUCCUAUACCGCUCUCGACUGUCAAAACAAAGGAGACUGAACUUGUUAACUCAAACACCAUAGACUUUGUUGCGGAUUUCAGUAAGGUGCCGGCUCCUUCACCACUUACUAUUCCUGCACCUGCCAAGUUUCCUCAGCCUAUUGUUCCACAGCCUUCUUUUGCAAAUUUUGAUAAUAAUCCCAUCUUCAACUCUUCCACAGCAAAUCAAACAUCAACUACACCUGCUUUUGCAAGCACUAAUGGAACUACAAAUACUCCUCCCUCUGAAGAUCGAUAUGCUGCUUUAAAGGAUUUAGACUCUAUGAUGAAGCAAGCAACUCUCAAAGACGAACAACCAGUUUCUCCUAAAGUAUCUUGGGAUCUAAAAAAUACUAGCAAUGCUACAAACUCAAGUUGGUCUGCUUUUGACACCAGUUCUCCUUUCAUUUCGAAUCCUUUUGCUGGAGAUACAUGGCAGCCAACUGUUAAUAUACUCAACAACAAUCAUAAUAGUAAUAACAAUUUCCAACAAAUGGAAGCUAAUGUCUGCAAUUCAGCUAAUCCAUUUAGACAAACUCAAAUGCCUCUAUUUAACAACGAUUUUAACUGGUUUGGACGAGACACUCAAAAUAUGGACAAUGUUCCAACUAGUCAUUUAUCGCCCUUAUCAAAUAAAUCGUGGCAACCAACUGUAACAGGAUUUAGGGCUAAUCCUUUUGCUGUUGGCUCUGGUAUUGGAGAUGCAACGCGAAAUUCAAAUAACCCGUUUUUGUGAUGAAUUGCAUUAACGUUGAUCAAAUUGCGCGAACAAAUAUUUUAACUACACUCUAAUGUGUAGUAUGAAAAGAGAAUUUCUAUUGUACAUGACUAAAUAUGGCAGUUAGUGCUAUUAAUUUUAAUUCUCUAGGAGCACCAAUCUCUCUUUUAUCUCUCUGAUUUAUACAAUUAAAAUUAUUAUUUAUAAAUUUAAUUUUAACAUAUAAUUUUAAAUAAAAAUUAACAUUUGUUAUUGUUAAUUAUAUCGCGGUAAAGCUAAAAUGGCAUCUGUAAAAUGUAUUUGCUGCUUGCUUGCUUUUUCCCUUUUUAUAGCAAUUUUUUUAUCGAUUAAACAAUAUAUAUAUAUAUAUAGUCUCAGGGACUGUUUUAAAUAAAAUGUUUAUAAAAAUAUUUUAAACUAAAAUAAAAACCUCAUCCCAGUAAUUGAUAUUCUUUGAAUAAAAGUAAAAAAGAUUUAUUGAACAAA